AUGCUGUGGAGGCCCGGAAAAGAGGGUAGGAGUACAGGAGCAGGACCCCCUGAGCAUAGUCCUGCAGCUACACCUAGCCGAGCUGUUUACGGAUUCUUCCUCUUCCUGUUCUCUAACUCCUGCCUCCUGUUCUACCUGGUCUGGGCUGUUCUCCCUGAUCCUGUUCUUGAACAGCUAGGACUAGACUUUUUUCCACAGAAGUAUUGGGCUGUAGCAGGACCGCUGUUCCUUUCCGUCCUUUUCUUCAUAUUCGUAGUCCUCGUUUACCCACUACUAGGACUAGUAGCAGCAGGACCAGAUACUAUAGAGGACAAACAUUCAGUUUAUGAGGACGGUUUGAGGUCGGACAGUGUUGAAGGCUGUAUCCCACCACUUUUUGAUAUUCCCUACGGACAAUGGAGUAAACGGAAUAAAGAUUAG